AAUUGCACCUGCACAUCUACGCAUCUUUUUGGAAUGCAUUUCGAGGACGCUUGACAGGAGAUUAUCGUGAUGUCACGGCGUCGAGCGGGGCCGAUCGCGUCGACGAUGACGUCCGGAGGACGGGACAAUCUCGGACCGGAUCUACGCAAGGGAUAAGGAUCACUAAACCGAACGUCGAAUAUUGCCGCGAGGACGAGGACGCACGCGCGAGAAGCAGGGACCGAGAGACGGUGGUGCACUAUGGUAUGCGCGGCGGUUCUUUAUUGCGAGAGAAAAAAAAGGAAAUAAGAGGGAAAAGAAAGAAGAACCUUGCGGUGGAUUUGUUUCACGUCGCUACGCGAGUCUCGCGCGCCGCCGAAAGAUCAUGCUGUUUUUAGCGUCAGCGAAACGCUGAUUGAUCCGCGGCGAGUCUUCAUCAUCGUGCGCGUUCUCUACGUGGGCGGACAACUGUAGCGAGCACAGUGACCGUAAGCGAUGAGAUUUUUCAUCGUCCGGUGACAUUCUCCCUUGCAGGAGAGAAGAAGAGAGAGAUAGAGAGAGAGAACGGGCAGGUGUGUCUUCGCAUCGCCCCACCAGCUCCGCGUGAGUUCCUCGCGGUCUCCGGUUUCGUCGGCGAAACGCGCAAAUGGGCGCCCAGAACUGAAAACAAUCUGAAUUCCCCGGGAGAGACCCGAUGACUGUCGACAAUACGGUGGAGUACCGUGCGUGGAAAGCUCGAGUGUGUUUGAUCAAGAAUGUGGAGGCCUUAGAUAAGGUUACAUCCGAGAUAAAUUAUCUAGGCUCGUGGCUCGACUCGAGAAAUCCCUCGUUCUUUUUUUAGUCAUAUAUUAUCACAAGGCAAACAGAAUGAGUACCUCUCUAGCAUCACUUCAACCAAAUAGCCAAAGCUUGGAAAGACAAAAACAUGUCAGAACAACGACGGAAAGACUUUAUAAUAGUCUUACCAAGAAGAGAAAAGAUCCAAAGCAAAGUGUUCAAAGAAUGUGGAUAAACUACGAAGACUGCAAAGAUGACUUUUGGGCAGCUAUAAGAUCUAAUUAUGAUUAUAUUAUGGAUACUAACUUAAUUGACACUUGCAAGGAAGCAAACGGUGAAUUAACAUGGGAUGAAACGGAUGUGUCGACACAGUCUUGGAAUUUGAAGGAAGUCAGUAGCCAAUUUUUAGAACUUUACUCAUGGUUAAGAAUUCUUCAAGAAUUGGUCUAUUCUAAGGAAGAGAAUCUUUUGGACAAAAGCCUGCGUGCAGCUCAUAUGGAGGAGCUACAACGCAAGGCAUACAGACGAAAAUUAUUUAAUGAACAAGCGGAAAAAUUAGUUUCUCGCGCCCCUGCUUUAAAAGACGAAGUGGCGUGGCGUGUAGAUCACUUGAACGCAAAAUGGGAAUUAGUCGAACAAAUUAUGGCGCCCAUAGACCGACCUGUAUCUAGUCAACAAGAUAUAUCAGCAGAUUUUGAACGUGAGGUAAAAUGUCUUAGAAAAUGGUUACGAGGAAUGGAAUCGCGUCUUCAACCUUUGAACUUCCACGUCAAUUGGACUUUAGCCGAACUGGAAGAAAAAGCGAUAGAGCACAUGGUACUCCAACGAGAUAUUAAGGCGCACGGACGUAUCGUCAGUUCGGUUGUCAAAUUAGGGGAUAAAGUUUUCACGCAGCAACAGGAGCAGAAGCAACAGCAAAAACAGCAACAUCACUUUUCGCAGCCCUUACAGAUAGCAAGAUCAUUGGAACGACGUUGGCAUCAACUGUUUCUACUUGCCUUGGAGUGGCAGUAUCACAUUGAAAUCCUCGUAUCUCGUGUAAGAAAUAAGAACGCCGCGCCUUGCAGUAGCGACAGCGACGAGGAACCGGUCACGAAACAGCCUCGACUCAGCCGCGGACGAUCGCGCGGCUCCGGAGCGGAAUCACCGGGACAGUCCGCUCGCUCGACGCGCACGGAACGCACGAGGCGCGUCACCGGACACAGCUCGGGCUCCGAGUAUCAUCACUCAGUCUCUGGAGGAACGAGGAUCGACCCAUCCGACAGCGACGCCUCUUCCGAGAACCGAUCCGUCGGCGAAGGAUCGUAUUUCGAGGAUGAAUUGUGUCAGCUGUGUGUGAUGGACGCAAGGUCCGACGAACCGGCAAAACGAGAAGCCACUAGUUCCAUUGCGUCUACCGGGGGGGAUCGAGGGGAGGAAGGUGACAUCGAGGACAACGGACUGAGCAUCAACGAUAUGCCGCCCACACCGGAUACCGUACCGAUAACAACGUCGACAGCGGCGAUGCAGGAGACGUGCGACGAAAUCGACGCGGCGGAUACCGUGCAAAUCGAAAGUACGGAAAAAUCUAAUAACGGUCUGCGGACGAAGACCGAGCUUAAACGCUGUGGGGCAACAGAGGUUGCUGCCUCGUUCAAUACGUCCGAUAGAAAAUCAAAGAACUGUGCUACCUUUUAUUUUAAACAUCUGGACACUGAUUCCGAGGCGGAUUGUAGUCAACCAAUCCAGGAAUUGUCAAACACAGUGGACGAUUCCUCCGAGGAAGAGUGGACUUAUACUCCUGCUCGUCGGAAUAAUUCGUUUGUCGUUUCGGAGCAGCGUAGGACGAACGUUGUGGUCCGUUUAGAUUUUGACGAAAGUCCACGGGUGGCUGUGUCAGAAAAAAUGCAUUUCACGCAGGCGAAGAAUGCAGAUAACAAGAGAGAAAUGUCAGCGGAAUGUAUGCACGAUCAUGAUGCUCAGCAAAAAGAUAGCGAUGAUGAAAGGAAGAAUGAUAAGUCAAGUAUCCAGAGGUUAAUUAAAGAAGUGGAAAAUUUGAUUGGCGAGGAGCGACAUACAGCCUCGCGCAGCUUUUCACAGUUAGCAUUCGAGGAGAAGAACAUAACGAAUAAUCAUCGUGCUAAGUACGCGCGCGUGAAGGAAUGGUUGAAGUUGAACGCGUCGAGAAGUUACGAGGGCAGGUCACAGCCAUUAGACAGCUGCGAUGCCAGCGGUGAAUACACGACGGAAGAAUCGGAUGGAGAAAGACAAUCGAUAUCGUCGGAUGAUUUACAAAGCAGCGUCGCGACCUAUCGCCGAUUUGAAGGCGCUCUCGGGUGUAUAUCGCAAUCCCCUUCACAAGAGAUACUCUAUAAUUUUCAGAAAACGCCUAUUAACGAAGUAUCCCCCGACGAGAGUACGCCCAAGGUCAUAAUGCGUUCUAAACAAAAAGUAAAAGGAUCUAGACCGUGGAGCGUUUCUUGUAUCUCUCAAAUCGGAAAUAAUCCUAAUUUGGCUCAGAUAAACGAUCCUAUUUUACCAUUUUCUAUAUCAGAGACCGCGCUUCAUCAGUUAGUCACAACUCCACCUACUAAAUCCGUUUCCUUGGAUGCUACAGGAACACGGAAAUCAUUUAAUUCCACAUCUACUUUAUUAGAAGAGUCUCUUAUAUGUCCUGAUGAUCGCGUAGUCAGAAAUAUUUCAUUCCGCAGAAAGAAAAAUAGAUUACGUAAAAAGACUUUGGGUCGUAAAAGCGAAUCUAGUUCGGAAAGCGUACAUGCCAAUCAUCAUUCGGCGGGUAGCGAUGGUAGCUCGAAUCAGCAACGUUCGUCUCGUAAAAUGAUUCCAAGUCGCACAAUGCAUACAGUUCCGAAAGACAGCUGCCACAGUCGUUCGACGACUCUCGUUAAAUCCGGGUCCUUCUCGGGUUGUACCGUCUACCAGCAAUUACACGCGGAGACGGCACUUUCUAACAAUUCUACGCCGCUCAGACUACUUUGUUGCAAGUCAAUUGCUUCCACGUCGGAGAUUGAAGGCGAGGAUCAUAAUUGUGCUCAAGGACAUCUCGCUUACGAUAAUAAUAUGUUGAAUAACGCGGCGAAUAGCAAAGAACUAACUAGUCAGCAGUUAAAUGUAGACAGUGACGUAGAAAUGAACAGCCUUGGUAACAAUUCGUUAUACGAACAGGCUUGGGAUAAUUACCAGGAGAAGUAUAUGAGUGAAGCUUAUAGCGAACCAUUAGACGUAGAGAUGGCUCGACGAUUAUUGGAUUUUGGAGAUGAUUAUCGAAAUUUUCUCGAUAGUCAGUCGGAGUGCGCGUCCAGUAUAAGCGCAAUUCCUGCUAGUUCGCCAUUGCCUAAGAUUCGCACGCAUCAUGUAAUUGGCGAUAGUACGGAAGAGAGUGAUAGUGAUGAAGAAGAUUUACGAAAAAUCGUAGAAAAUUCACAAUCACAGCUUAUACUUGCUGAAAAUGCUUUCAUAAGAUCCAAUGGUCCGAUUCCUGCAGAACUCGCCGAAGUGGAGUCUGCGUGUAAAGAAAACUUAGGGUGUUUGAAGAAUGUAUUGGAUUCGCUAAACGGAUACUUGCCAAAUGAAAAAUAUUCGAAACAAGUUCGCGGUAUGAUUGAAAGAUGGGAGACUUUGUCAUCGAGAGUCGAACAGGCGCAAACUGCUGGCACUCUUCAACGUGCAUUGACUACCAUGCGAACAAGAUUCAAAGCCAUACACGAUCGACUAUUCGAUUAUGAAAUCGUCUUGGAGCCGCAUCUGCUCGAUGAUCGUAUUAAAAGGAUUGCUGCCGACAUAAAAGUUCUAGAUGACCACAAUACUCCGAUGCGGGCGUUGAAUGUCUCCGCGCAUCGUCUGAUCACUGAUCUCGGUGCAUCCGCGCCCUUAAUCUGCAUAGCCCUCAAGGACAGCGUGGCGGACCUUUAUAGGAUACACGACGAGACCUCACAAAAGUGUAAGCAGCAGUUGCGCGCCUUGCAAGACGUACAACAGUUCGGUACAUGCUUGGCCGAACUCCAAACCGUUCUGCAGAACGACAAAGAAUCUUUGGCGGUCUUGGACGUAGCCCUGCAAGCGGGAGCCACUCCGAGAAUCGCCUCCUCCGUCAUUCACUUCGCCCGGCUUCUAUCCGAGAGACAAGACGUCAAUUGUCAGGGUGACCCGAUGGUGAACGACGCGACGACGGAGGAGGUGCACUGCGCCGUAAAAUUCGCAGCUACUUCCGCGAACAGUCUGACGCAGGAGGGCGGAUCCCUCUCCGAUAGCGGGAUUUCCGACGGAAGCGGAAGCGAGCAGGAGCUGAGCGAGCGCGAGCACAGGUUGGCGAAUCUUCGCCGAAUAUCGCGUAGCCUGGAGGCGCAGCUCGCGCCGGGCAGCAAGGCCCUCGUCGAGUUCAAGAAGAGGAUCGAGGACGCCGAGAGCGAGCUGCGCGAUCUGCAGAGGCAGUGCAGGGAGCUCAUCGUGCGCACGGCGGCGGCGACGAGCAUGGACGCGCGUGCCAUCAAACGAACGGCGGCCAAUCAGAUGCAUUAUCCCGUGGACAAGCGCAAGAAAUCCGAUGACGUCGAUAUAUUCAAGAGCGAUGCGGAAUCGGCGCCGAUCGCGAUUAGCAAAUCUGGCGUCGCCAAGGGUGACAACCCGGACAGCGAGCCGAUUCCACGGGGCUGGAUCUGGCGAAUCCUCAAGUGUUCGCAGUGCUGCUGCUUCGUCCUUGUCUGCCUACAGGUCGUCCUCGUCUGCGUCGAAUACUUCCUGAAGCCGAACUGUUGCGAGACUACGCUAUCUACACAGUUGUUCCCGAUGUGGUCCCGUGAUCCCAAGGGGCCGCCGCCCGUGUGAGCAGAUUAUACGGCAGGUAUACGUUUGCGAUCGAAAAGAAAAAAAUAUCGACACCAAGAAUCGAUGAUUUUUUUGGUGAAAAUACGGAUGAUACGAUAUCCGUUCCGAAACAUCGCGCGCGGCAUCGUUAAUUUCUAACGGUUAAUAAGCCCGCGGGUGCAAAGUUGUUCGCGAUUUUUUUUUCGCGAGCGACAUCGACAUGUUAUUAUAGAUUUGUUUUAAUUCGAAAUGCCUGAAUUCGGCGACGACAUUCGAGAGAGACGAUGCAUGUGUCUACAUGCUUGACGACUGAUUACUCUAGUGCCUUGCUUUGUUUUUAUUAUUUUACUUUUGACAUUUUAUCGACACAAAAAAUUAAUUUCUGGAUAAAUUAUCAUGACGUAUUUAAGUUUAAAAAAAUUCGAUUCCAGCUACCGUAAUAUAUAGGAAAACGAAGGAUACGUUUCAUAUUCCGAGUAUGAAUCAAUGCUACGUCUACCUUUACUCGUGGAAAAAGUUUUAGUUUCUUCGCGGUUAAGCAACUGAUUAAAUUUGCACGAAGAUAUAACGCGGCUACGAAUCUCUCGAACGCCAUAAUUGAAAACAUCUGUAUUCAGAUGUGCUGCUUCUCGAGGAUAUUUUCAUAUCUGUACAAGAACGAGACGACGCAAGUAUAUACAUUGCGAUAUCAGCGCAAUUAUUUUCUCGUCGUUCUGACGUUUCUGCACGAAUCAGCAGCUUAUGUUAUUGUUGAAGUAUAAAUAUUUAUUUAUAUAUGUAUAUAUAUACAGAUCAUAUAUUAUAUAUAUUUUAUUCAUUAUAUAUUAUUCUUCGAAGGAUAAUGUUUAGUUGUCUUGUUGAAGAAGAGAUAAUAUCGACAGCGUAAUAUGGACUUUACGCAGUUUUCAAAGGGAGUUCAUUUACAUUGAAUUUUAUCGGGGAAUAGUACUUGGAUUCCAGAUUAAGCUUCCUAUUUGUUCCAAAACAUUCUCCCGCAUUACCGCUUCUAGUGGUUUCCGUUUUCGUGACAACGAAUUUCAAUAUCUUUUUUCAUUUGAUAUACUUUACGAGAAUUAUAUCGAGAUAUCUGACAUUAGAAGAUGCUAUAUUGGAUACUAUUAAUCUCUGAAAAACAGUUUGUGCAUGCAAAUUUUUCUUGAAACAUGUGCAUGAUAAUUGAUAUAUAUAUCCGAUUUCAAAUAUAAAAUUUGUCGUAUUUAAUUAUAUUGCAACGGGAUUUCUAUUCCGACGAGCUAUUUCCAUGCACUGUGAAUAAUAAAUAUGACUUGGCACAUUAAUAAUUUGGAUGCAUGUCGCAUGUACAUAGUAUGUACAGUUUAGCAUCUAUUGCAUGCGUUUGUAGCAUUCCUGAAAUAUUUUGCACCUCCCGUCUAUUAUUUUAUUUUGGUUUAUUUUAACAUAUGAAUAAUAACAUUCAAUCUAUCGAUGAUACUUAUCUUAACGUCAUAUAUGUCUAAUUGGACGAUAUGUUCAUGUAUUUUGUUUUAACAUGAUUGAAAAUUUUAGAUUAUGAUAUAUUUGAACAAUCAUUUUCUCGUACAUGAGCUUUGCACGAUACAUAUGUGUGUUUUAAGAUUACAAACGAUUCAUUAAUGCAAGAUUAAUAAGAGUUCUAUUGUAAAAAAAAAAUUUCGAAUUUCUAUCACGGGUGUGUCUUUGAUAUUUAAAGGCACUUGGAUUGCAAAUAAAAUAGUGUCUAAUGUAAAUAGAUUUAUAAAGAGAAACGAUUUUUGCGUGCUAUAUACGAGGAGGAAAAAAAGAAUUAUUUUUCCGGAGAGAGAAAUAAUUUUUACAGAACAUUUUUCAAAGGAUAGAAUUUUUGAUAUAGAAUGAGGAUGUGCUGAGGAUGUAAUUUACGGAGACCUAUUUUGUAAAGUCUUUUUGAGAGAAGGAGUACGAUGAAAAGUACGCGAAUGGAUUCGGUUUAUACAUAUCUAUGUAUAUGCCGACCAUUAUGAAUUUAUACAUAUACGUGAUGCGAAGUAACGAGAAAUGCCUUUACGGCCAAUUUUAUUGCAAGCUUACAAUUUGCACGAUGCUUACUAUGUAAGCGUAUUACGUAACGAUCCCGAUCUAUGCCUGUGCAGAUCUUAGAAAGAUCCUCAUAAGAGAGGCGAUACCUUCGGUAAGUCAAUCUUGGCAUUUUGCGGAUUACAUAGAGAUAGCGAACAACAAUCGAUGUAAAAUAAAACAACUGCAACCACGUAAUAGUGGUGAUAUUGCGUGGCUCAAUUUUUUAAAAAUAAUACCGUAAUGUAGAAGAAACGAUAUGGAACGCGGCGCGUGUCUUUCUUUUUGAAAUAGCAGUUAUAAACACUCGCAAAAUGUCAAAUCGCCGUUACUUUACUAGCUAGAUAUUUUGCGAGUUUUUAUUAUUGCCGACAAAAAGAAAAAUCUAGCAUAUCGACUCUCGUAUACGAAACGGUAUUGUGGUCGCCAACAAUUUUAUGUUACGCGAAUACCGCAUAUGCUGCGAAUAAUAAAUAUUCGUUGAGCAGAGUUUUAUCAUGACUGUCUGAGAAAUCGUGGUAUUCACAGUCAUUAUUACGCUCAGACUUGAUUUGAUAGAGAGUUGCAUUAACUAGAGAUAUUCAAUAUCGAUAUCUCUUGGACGAGAAAUUCACACAGUAUAUAUAAUAAGCCGAGUGUGUUUUUUCAUAUUCUCGAUGCACUACGAACAUCGCAUCAAUGAUAUACAGCAGAAGAAAAUAUAUUUUAUUUUAAAAUAUAACGUGCUCUUUGAGAGACGUAAUAGAGAAAGAGAGCUGGCAGGAUGAUAAAAAAGAACAGUACUUUUGUACAUCUCUCCUGUCGUGUCGCAAUAAAUCGCAAAUAACAGCGAUUAUUCUCGAAUAACGAGCAUUAUUAGAUGAAUCGCGAAAUACGCGAGAGAA